AUUGUACCAUCUGCUAGUGAUACAACAAAUUUCAUUUGGGAAUUCUAACACGUCUCUUCACGAUUGAAGGCUAACAACACGUUCUUACUAACUCCGGCAUGGCAAGAAUGAUGAUAUGCAUUUCUCAUUCUUUCAGACACUCUUUCCUUCACAGAUUCCGCUUGCAGAUUCUGGCACUCGCUCUCUUGCUCGUGGCCUCCAGCUAUUAUAUCAAACCAGCUCACAUCACCUCUCCUUCUACCUCAGCUUUUCCUACCAUCUUCACACCAGUCACGUUAAAUACCACCAAGCCAGUGCGGGACGUACGGGUUGCGAAGGCAACGAUUCUCUAUGGACAGAAGAACUUUGUUUACGAGAAAGCGCUCGAUUCGCAUGCCCAGCACAAUAAGCUGCAUGGCUAUGAGAUGCACAUCCUCCGCCACCAAAUCACGAAAGACAUUUGGGGCAAGUGGCUUUGGCUACAGAGUCUCGUAACAAACGAACUGCGGAAAUCAGCUGAGGAUAGGGUUGACUGGAUAAUGUACUUCGAGCCUUCAGUCGUUCUUCUCAAUUCUCGGGUUCCUCUACGUGUCUUUCUACCGCCGACGGAAGAUAUCUUCGACGACGUCACUUUGAUCUUAGCGAAGCCGGAUGGCAAAGCAAUAUCAACCUCAACUUUCUUCAUCCGCGUUUCCGAGAGCUCGCUUCAAAUCCUCACGAGAGCGCUAUCCUCCUUCCUACAGCCUGUAUUAAGUGAAUCGGGCGUCGACCCUUCGGACUCGAUUCUCCAGGUUAUUCUCAAAGAACACCCAUACCAAGAAAAAGCGCUCUACCAACCCGCCCAUUGGUACAAUAGCGUCGUGACAAACAAUGGGUUCAUUUCUGAAGACGAUCUUCUCGUGCGCUUCCCUAUCGACCUUCAAGGAAAGCGUUGGAAGCUCAUGGACGACUUGCUCACUUCUCUCCCGUUCAACCACCUCAGGUUUUCGAAGCCAAUUGAAGAUACGAGAUAUGCGACGGAGCCCCAGCGAUUCUGGGAAAGUGUAAUGGAAGCCAAGCAGGUGUUGGAAAAGGCAGAGGAGAAUAUGGGGGGUGAUGGGCAGGAGGAGUUGAGCAGAAGAGCUCAAAAGCUGAAGGAUCGCAUUGAACAGUAUGCUUGGGAUGGGGAAAGCUUAAGUGUAGCUGUAGCUGCGGUGGAGAUACUUCUAAGGGGUCAGUAACGGGGUGCUGGAGUUUGAACGUCAGGCAAUGCUGUUAUGUUAUCG